AUGUCUAAGGUCUCCAACUACGUCAAGGCGCUCAACGGAAGCGCAAACGUUGCUUCCGCAGACGACGAGCUCAAGGAACAAUUUUCCAAGAAUUUAACAUUAGCUCUAGUUUCCAGUCAAUCUAUUGGUUGUAAUAUUGUGAAUAUUGAUGCUCAUGAUCUUGCUAAAGGAAAACCUCAUUUAGUCCUUGGUUUACUCUGGCAAAUUAUAAGGAUAGGAUUGUUUAAUCAAAUAACUCUUGAAAACUGUCCUGGAUUAGCAACAUUGUUACAUGAUGGAGAAAAAAUUGAAGAACUUAUAAAAUUAUCACCAGAAGCAAUACUUCUUAGAUGGGUCAACUAUCACUUGAACCGUGCUGGAGUUUCAAGACAAUGCCAUAAUUUCCAAAAUGAUAUAACUGAUUCAGAAAUAUACACAUAUCUUAUGAAACAAAUUGCACCACUUGAUUCUGAUGUUGAUAUGUCUGCAUUAAUGGAACCGGAUUUGAACAAAAGAGCAGAUAUAAUGUUGCAACAAGCAGCUAAGUUAGGGUGUCGUAGUUUUGUUACACCCGUCGAUGUCGUGAAUGGUGUAUACAAAUUAAAUCUUGCAUUUGUUGCUAACUUGUUUAACAAUCACCCAGGAUUAGACAAACCUGAAGGAGAAAUAGCAGGAUUAGAAUCAAUUGAAGAAACAAGAGAAGAAAAAACUUAUAGAAAUUGGAUGAAUUCUAUGGGUGUUGCACCUCAUGUUAAUUGGCUUUAUUCAGAUUUAGCAGAUGGUCUCAUCAUUUUUCAAUUGUAUGAUAUUAUUAAACCAGGAAUUGUUAAUUGGUCUAAAGUACACAGAAAAUUUUCUAAGCUGCGAAAAUUUAUGGAAAAAUUGGAAAAUUGCAACUAUGCUGUUGAGUUGGGUCGGCAAUUAAAGUUUUCGUUAGUUGGUAUUGCUGGACAAGACUUAAAUGAUGGAAAUGCAACUCUUACAUUAGGUUAGCAAAAGCAUCAAAUUAUUUUUGGUUCAG